AUGACCCAGUACCUCAGCAGCAGCCCGAGCAGCGGCGGGGACGGCCGCGCCCUGUGGGGCUCCCUCGGCAGCCCCGCCAGGCUCUAUUGUAAACUGGCGGGCCGGGCAGACGGCGCCAGGAAUGGCAGGAACCAGUGUAUUACUGAUUUCUUCCAGCCAGCUCCAAAACAAGAUCGAGCUGUGUUAUGUAGUCCAGAAAAAAGAAAUGGGAAGCUUGGACUUCCAGUCUUACAUGCAGAUCAUCCUAGAAGAAAUGUAUGUUCUCCAAAGCAAAAUAGAAGGAAGAAAUUUCUACCUCCACCACCCGAUAAAAGCCCCAUAAUUGAUGCUUUUUUCAAAGGCGCCAAGAUAGAGAAAAAAGACAGUUCAAAUGAUGAUGGAGCUUCUACAAUCGAGAAAGCCACAUAUCCAAAAGUUGUGGUCCGGAAACUCUUUCCAUCAGAAGGCUCUCCAGACUGUUCCUUCAGAGUUGAUACUGGUAUGAGGGACCUGGAAAAGAGCGAAAAAUGUCCUCUUCGAACAAGAACACCAUUAGUAGAGAACAGUAGAGAAUGUAAAAUGGAAUAUAUGGAUCUAGAGACAAUCGGUUCUGGCUUGAACAAAUGGGCUUCAGCAUCAGAAAAUGACCAUUUGAGAAAGGAAAGCCAUAUAUCCCGGUGCCAAAAAACAGGUGGUUCCAAGACACUACAAUCCAGUCCAGCCACUGCUUCACAACAGUCAUCACCAGAAACCCUUGGCAGUGAUAAACAAGUGAAAAAAGAAAAGAUGCUGUUUAAGCAGCAGCCUUCUGGUUCUGUAAAGAAGUCCUUGGCAAAUAAUGUUUCUCAGCAGGAUACCAUGGAUCUCUUAAGAAAAAGAUCAUGUUCAUCUUCAUGGGAAUCUUCCACAGAUUGCAACCAUGUCACCAUCCCUCACUCUUCAUGUGACUUAAAUGAGAUGAGCAGUGAAGAUUCAAAUCUAGAGAUGUGUACAUUGAAUGAAAAAUCACGGAGCCUUUCUAAUGGUGAGGAUGAGAAUCCUGAAAGCAUUCUGGACAGCGGUGAUGAUGAGAUACUAUUGCCAUUUGAGGAAAUACUGGCUCAGAGUGCCAAACCUACAAAAAAACCAGAACUCACAAAUGAUGAUGAUGGUACACUGGACAUCACGAUUCUAUCACACAGUGGUCUUCUUUCCAAACCUUCCAUUGAGACUCAAGUUUCCUAUGUCAAUCGGCUGGAACAUCUUCUGAAGGAGAAGGAGGAAUUCAGAAGGGUAGAUGAACUAAAGAAACAGCUGCAGGAAGUUAAACAGCAAGUUGAAAAAGAUUCACCAUCUGAAGAACUAUCCAAUGAUGGAGAACUGUCUGCCGAACACAGAGCAUUUAUAGAGAGAUUUUCAGUAAUUGAUGCUAUUCCAGACCAGCACCCUGGGGAAAAUAUAUUCCAAAUGGCACACGCUGGGAAGAUCGUCAAUCAGCAUAACCUUGAUCUGAAGAAUUCUGGAUUCUUUCCCCAUAAUCCUAUUGAAAAAUACCUUCAUGACUCAGGAAUAACUCAACAGCUUUUUGUAAUUAACGAAGGCUUACUCCUGUCCGCUUACCAUAGUUCUCCUUGCCCAGUGCCCAUUUUAAAGUGGAUGUUUCAGAUGAUGUCAGUCCAUUCAGACAGAUUUGUUUCAAAUAAGAUUUUGGAUAUGUUGAUGGCAUUAACAAUUAAAAAUGCAUUGGUUUCUGACCAACCAAGGCCAUGGAUUCCAUCGCUAUGCGAUAUAGCAAUGGUGUUAAUCAAUAUGGGUGCUCCCUUUAACACACUGUUUCCUGUGCUGCGUUUUCAGCCUACCUUUACUGAGGAGAAUAUUAUGUCUGAAUUGUACAAGACUGUGAGGAAGCAAGCAACUGGAAACUUUGCAGAAAACCUGGCUUCUUUUUUUCUCCUGGUUCAAAGUCGUCUUUGCAACAUGGCUAAGUUUCUACAACUGUGUGUGGGUAUAUGCCCAGAACAUUACACCGACCAGGAAAUACUUCUGUUGCUGUUGCUUUUGUUUAAACUGAGUUUAGAAAAAGAGCUAAAACAAUAUCCACUAGUGGACUUGGAGAACCUUAUUAUGAAACUGCUGGAAAAUAUCAGAAAGUGGGAUACGGAGAUGCCCAAGUUGUGUCUGGCGAUAAGUUACCUGUCCAGCCACCAUCAUGACCUCUUGUGGUUGGUUCAGUUUGUUCCCAAUUGGACAUCACGUGGAAGACAAGCAAGACGACACCUUAGUUUGGUAGUAAUCUCAAAGCUUCUUAAAAACCAUGUGACUAUACCCAGUAGCCAGGACCAACAGAUGGCACUUCUGUGCCAGGAUCUGGUGGAGAUGAAGCCUUCAAAUCUGUUAAAGAAAAUUUCAAAAACAGAGACACAGCAAGAUGGUCUUAGUAAAGAGUCUCUUCUCCCUGAAUUUGAGCCCCAGGCCUACUACCUGACCUAUGUUCUGCUUCACUUGGUCAGGGAAGCUAGCAAUUCUGAGGCUGCAAAUUCUAAUCAAAGGAAAUGGCUACUGAAACUCUGUGGUACUCUGGAAAAACAUGUGAAAUGUGAUAUUAAGGAAGAUGCCAGGCUGUUUUAUAGAACUAAGGUAAAAGAUUUAGUUGCAAGAACAUACAGCAAAUGGCAACAAAUGAUCCAUAGUUCUCAGCCUACUCAGGGGAAGAUUCAUGAUUAUUGGGACCCAGAUUCUUAAAAUGGAUGGAUUGGGAAGAACA